CGCAAAUCUCUCGCUCUGCUUCUCACUAUAACACAAUCCUAAACCAACUUCCGUGGCUGUAAAAACAAACUCGGUACAAUUUAUUGUUCCCUUCAAACAGAUUUAAACCUGACGCAGGCGAUGUGUGGCCGCGUGGUGGGUUUCCUCACAAUCAUUGUGUUUUUAUAUGAUGUCGAAGCGAAGACUAAGUAUAGGAAGGAAAUGCCCAAGUACCCACAGGACACACAAUUCUGGGCCACCGACUUCUUCGUGAGAGGGUGUAAGAAUUUCAUAGAGCGAUGUCCUAAGGCUUACAAAGUGCAACAAAUCUGCGCGAGGAGUUACGAUGGAAACUUCAUGAAUUUCAACAAUUACUGCGAAAUGCAAUAUGAGAACUGCAACACUUGGAGGAACUGGGUCGUGUUCAAGAGAGAAAGAUGUUAAUUAACUUAACUGAAGAAAUAAAGAAACGAUGUAAUGAAA